ACCGACUAAGUAAACCCACGCCUUUGAACCUUCAUUGAAGCUUCUGGAAACAACCCAACACCACCAGCUAGCGCCUCUUUUAUACCCUCCCAUCGCCCAUCCCUUAAUCAAUUUGCAAACUCAAAAUCAGGGAAACGUAAAACGCUACGGCUUCCUCCAUUGAAGCAAAUCGACAACCAUCUGACAGCCAUGGCCGAAGACGGAGCCGUUACACUCUACAACAACACGGCCAUCACUGACGCUAAGAAAAACUCCUUCUCAAUCAAAGUGGCCAUGGCUCAAAUGCUCCGCGGCGGCGCCAUUCUCCAAGUCUCAACACUCAGCCAAGCCAAAAUCGCCGAAGAAGCAGGCGCCUGUUGUUUAGUUCUAACCGAACCCAAUUGCCAAGGCAUUUCACGCAUGCCAGAACCUUCUCUCAUCAAACAAAUUAAACGCGCUGUUUCAGUCCCUGUCAUUGCUCGUUCCCGCAUCGGCCAUUUUGUCGAAGCCCAAAUACUCGAACGAGUCGGAGUUGAUUACAUCGACGAAAGCGAGGUUUUAGCUAUAGCUGACGAAGAUAAUUUUAUUAACAAGCAUAAUUUUAGAUGCCCUUUUGUUUGCGGCUGCAAAAACCUCGGCGAAGCGUUGAGGAGAGUGAGGGAAGGAGCUGCCAUGAUUAGAACACAAGGGGAUUUGUUAGGCACUGGUAACAUUGCUGAAACGGUUAAGAAUGUCAGGUCUGUGAUAGGUGAGAUUAGGGUUUUAAAUAACAUGGAUGAAGAUGAAGUUUUCGCGUUUUCCAAGAAAAUUGCUGCCCCUUAUGAUUUGGUUGCUCAAACUAAGCAAAUGGGGAGGCUGCCAGUGGUGCAUUUUGCCGCUGGUGGGAUUGUGACUCCUGCGGAUGCUGCGUUGAUGAUGCAGUUAGGGUGUGAUGGUGUUUUUGUGGGAUCAGAAGUGUUUGAUAACUGUUCUGAUCCGUAUAAGCGUGUUCGGGGGAUUGUAGAGGCUGUUAGGCAUUAUAAUGAUCCUCAUGUUUUGGUUGAGAAUAGCUGUGGAUUAGAGGAGGAGAUGGCAGGGCUUAAUGUUAGUGAGGAGAGGAUGGAACAAAUUCACAAAACAAUACCUUCUUUCCUUGUUCCUUUAAUCAAUGUUUAUGUAGAUGGCCAAUGGAAAAAGGAGUUGCAGUGCAAAAAUUCUAGUCAUCACUGCCGGGCUUUGCUGAAGAGGCAGGAUCAUGUGCGAAGCUGUUCACUCUGGGGCACCAUGCAUGGCUGAUUCAUCUCUAGUUAAGCAAAUCUGAUGAGUUACAAUGACAAGAGUAUGUGCAAUUACCAGAAGCAGUUGGUGUAGACUAAGUUAAAGAGAGUGAACUCAAAUUUGAUGAUGAUAACAGAUGAGUCAUGAAUGUGAUAAAUUGAUAAGAUGGAGCAUGUCCAGGUUGGUAUAUAAAAAUAUGAAUAAGGAUAAGAGGUUUGCAGUCAAAGAUGGCGGUGCCUCCUGAGCUAGUAGCACAAAAUAUAGAGGAUGGAUCCCUGUUGGAUCGAUUCUGGAAGCAGACGGGUUCCUAUUGAUGUGGCGCAAAUGACGCGAGAGAGUGUGAGAGGUGCAUGUGGGGUCAGUAAUUUUUAACAUGUGUUGGGCCAUUAUAUGCACUAGGGUAGAUCAGCUGGGGCCUGGAUAAUGCCAAGGCAAAUGAACUGACAUGGUAUGCACUGGCUGAUCGAGCUAGAUGGUGCGGAAGGAAAGGACAGAAGCUAGUGGAAUGUGUAUAAUGCAUUGAACAAGGUCCUUAUUGUUUAUUGUUGGACAUAGAAUCUGUUUCUCCAUUGUAUCUGAUUGUAUAAUGCUGAUGGAAUAAUGUAGAAUCAAUUGGUUAAUUAAUCUCAUGACUUUUUCCAUGGAGGUACUUUA